UGAGGGGCUUUUGAACUAUCAAUUUGCAAUAAAGCAUUAUCAAGUUCUUCCCGCUAUUUAAUAUCUUAAGUGUUGAACAUAUUUAGUUAUUUAUGGGUGUUCAUAUUACUAAAUACAUUGAUGGACGAUUGAGACAGAGGGAAGAAGAAAGAUCAAACCGGAAGUACAAACCCGGAAAUACAGACACGGAAGUGAAAAGUAACAUGUGUUGAAAUCACAAAAACACAUGUGUGAAAGUGUCUAAUUAUAUCGUUUGAUUUUCAAUUUGAACACCUAUUUGUCGCUCAACAAACCAAUCAAGAAGUUGCACUAGACAUAGGAGAGGUCGUAUGUUGAUAUAAAACAAUGGAUUUGAUACAAAAUGGAUGGUUUAGUGAAAUCAAUGAACUUUGGCCUGGACAAGCAAUGUCUCUUGCAGUGGAGAAAGUUCUUCACCAUGAGAAGUCUAAAUAUCAGGACAUCCUAUUGUUUGAAAGUAAGUCAUAUGGGCGUGUGCUGGUGCUUGAUGGUGUGAUCCAAACAACUGAUAGAGAUGAACACUCUUACCAAGAGAUGAUCACAUUCCUACCUCUCAACUCUCACCCUAAUCCACAAAAGGUCUUGCUGAUAGGUGGAGGUGAUGGUGGUGUAGUCCGAGAGAUAGUAAAGCAUCCAGCAGUGCAAUCUGUAGUGCAAUGUGAAAUAGAUGAGAAAGUUAUUGAAGUAUCUAAAAAGUAUUUACCCAACCUAGCAGAGGGUUAUAAAAGUGAUAAACUAACACAACAUAUAGGAGAUGGUUUUGAAUUUAUGCGGAAACACAAGGGAGAGUUUGAUGUGAUUAUUACCGAUUCCUCUGACCCUGUGGGCCCCGCUGAGUCCCUAUUCCAAAGGUCAUACUACGAUUUGAUGAAAAGUGCUCUUAAGCCUGGUGGCAUUGUGUGUACACAAGGUGAAUGUCUCUGGUUGCAUCUGAAGCUUAUAAAAGAGAUGCAAGAUUUCUGUAGGGAACUGUACCCUGUAGUGAGCUAUGGUUUCACCACUAUUCCAACUUACCCCAGUGGCCAGAUAGGCUUUAUGCUAUGCAGUCUUAACCCAGAUACUUCAUUUAAAGAACCUGUCUACAAGUUUAGUGAAGCAGAUGUUGAGAAAAUGGGACUCAAGUAUUACAACACAGACGUCCAUAGAGCUGCAUUUAUCCUGCCACAGUUUGCUUCUAAGGUCCUCAGAAGUUAAAGUGUAUCACACAGUAUACAGCGAGGGUGCCAAAUUCUCAACAUUUACCAUCAACAAAAUCAGUAAAAAAAUCACACAAUACACAGCAGCAUGUGAGGGUGCCAUAUUAACAGCAUUUACCAUAAAAAAAUAGUAAUAAGACAUGGAAAUGAACUUUAAAAUAUUAAUUUUAGUUGCUUUAUAUUACCCAUGGGUACUGACCAGAUCUCGUCAUUCUUUGAGUAUUCAAGGUUCUGUUUUGAACUGAUCAUAUCACCAAAUUCUCUAAUAUACUGAGCCCAUUGCUCAAGCCAAGAUACAACACAUACUUAACUAACUCAUGGAACAAAGAGGUAUGCCAGUACUGUGACAUUUACUAAAUAAGUGGACAAUAAGCUUUUGAGUGAAUUAGGUUUUGUAAUAACAAGGUCAGAAAGUGUUGGUAUUUUCUAUUGAUCAGUGAUCUUAUCAUUUGGGUUAGUACCUUCUAGUACAUGAUAUUUAAUGUCAUGGGGACUCUACAGGAAUCUCUAGUCUCCCAGAACUA